GGUUGCACGCCAAGGAGCAUCGCUUCAAUCUUUAGCCGACAGUCGAAGCGGAUUCAUGAGUUGGCGAAUCUAAUUUAUUACGAUGGACGCUAAACAUUAUGAGAUUUUACGAAACGACAAAUACGGUCGAUAUUUAGUUGCUAAUAAGGACUUAGAUGGCGGUGAAUUAAUAUUCACGGAUCAACCGUUCGCCGUUGGACCCAAAGCAGAUACGCCUCCAUUGUGCCUCGCUUGCUACUGUCCUGUGGAGAAUACAUUAUGCUCUCGGUGCGGCUGGCCGGUGUGCGGGGCGCAAUGUGAACGCGAUCCGCAACACGCCGCCGAGUGUGAAGUCUUUAGUUUGGCAAAGGUGCGCUUCCAGCCAGUGACUGACUGGACAGCUAGUGCCCCACAACUUGACUGCAUCACACCAUUGAGAUUACUAUUAGCAAAAGAGAAGGAUCCACAGCGAUGGCAGCAAGAAUUGGAGUUGAUGGAGGUGCACUCGGAGGCGCGACAGCAGCGGCCCACGUGGCGGUUGGAUCAGGUUAACAUCGUGGACUUCUUAGUCGAUCACUGUAAGCUCGGGGACCGCAUCAACAUGGAAUUGGUGCAGAAAGCUUGCGGUAUACUCGAGGUAAACGCAGUGGAAAUACCUUCCCGAGGUGGGUUCAGUAUACGCGCGGUGUACCCGCGUCUAGCCAUCGCUGCGCACAGCUGCGUACCAAACAUCGUGCAUACUAUCCUACAGGAUAAUUACAAGGUGGAAAUACGAGCUGCAAUACCUAUAAAGAAGGGUGAACCACUACAUCUAUGUUACACGCACGCCCUGUCGCCCACUAUCGUGCGACGAGAAUAUCUGCUAGAGUCCAAGUUCUUCAACUGUGACUGCCCGCGUUGUUCCGACCCUACAGAGUUAGGAACACAUCUCAGUACUGUUAAAUGUAACAAAUGUGAUAAUGGUGUUAUUUUAUCAACGAAUCCUUUAGACAAUGAUGCACAGUGGAUUUGCACAGAGAAGUCAUGUGGCUUCAAGACGUCUGGUGGUGCGAUGCGUAAAAUGUUAGCAGUUGUGCAGGCCGAGGUCGAUCAGCUAGACGCCUUGGAGCCCGGACCACAGGCUAUCGAACAGAGAGAGGCUAUCCUUAAUAAAUACAAAUCGGUAUUCCACCCGCGUCAUUCGAUCCUCAUAUCCAUCAAGUACGCGCUGGCGCAGCUGUAUGGACGUGUUGCAGGCUACGACAUAGACGAACUACCAGAUCUCAUGUUGGAGCGCAAGGCUGACUUCUGUAGACUGGUGCUUAAAGCGCUGGACGUUAUUAUGCCCGGAGACAGUCGGAUGAGAGGUAUGAUGUUAUAUGAACUGCAUGCACCACUGAUGUAUCUGGCAAGGAAUGAAUACAGCAUUGGACUUAUAACAAAGGAGAAAUUGAAAGAUAGAUUGCAAGAACCUAUACAAUGUCUCGCUGAUGCUGCUAGGAUCCUUAGUCGAGAAGACCCGCAGAGUCCUGAAGGAAUAACUGGACAAAUUGCUGGCCAGUGCUUAGAACAAUUAAAAGCAAGUCUUGAAGCAAUAUAAAUUGAAAAAACUUAUAAAUAUUAAAUUUCAAAAGACAUUUUAUAAGCGAAAUAUG